AUGACCCAAACGCCAUUAAUUACCGUCCUGGGCUCCCUGAACAUCGACCUGGUGUCGUAUGUGCCCCACCAUCCCCUCCCGGGCGAGACCCUCACGGCAAACUCGUUCGCCGUCUCCCCGGGCGGCAAGGGUGCCAACCAGGCCAUCGCCUGUGCCAAGCUCUCCAGGCCGCAGAACGACAAGACGGCGGCGACGGCCAACGUGCGCAUGGUGGGCGCCGUCGGCGCGGACUCGUACGGCAGCCUGCUGCGCAACAACCUCGAGGGCCACGGCGUCGACGUGUCCGGCGUGGUGGUGCGGGCGGAUCCGGCAAAGACGGGCCUGGCCAUCAUCGUGGUCGACGAGCCGACGGGUCAGAACCGCAUCAUCCUCAGCCCGGAGAGCAACCACGACCUGGACAAGGCCGUCGCCAUCGAGGCUGCGCUUAAGGACAAGCCUGACCUGCUCAUCAUGCAGCUCGAGGUCCCCAUCCCCGUGGUCCUGGAGGCGAUGCAGGCUGCGCGGACUGCCGGGGUCCCCGUGCUGCUGAACCCGGCCCCCGCGGUCGAGCUGCCGGCGUCGGCGUUUGAGGGCCUCGACCACCUCGUCGUCAACGAGACGGAGGCGGCAGUGCUUGGGCGCGUGGCCGAGUCGGUCCUGGACACGGAGGAAGGGCUGCGGUCGGUGGCGGAUGGGUUCGUGCGGGCGGGCGUGCGAAACGUGGUCAUCACCCUCGGAGGCAGAGGAGUCUACUUCCUCCAAGGGUGGACGGGCAAGGCGGCGCUGGUGCCGGCGCUCAAGGCGACCGUCGUGGACACCACGGCGGCGGGCGACACGUUUGUCGGCAUGUAUGCGCUGGCUGCCGUUGCGGCAUCCAAGGCGGGCGUCGAGUUCGACGCGGAGGCUGCGGUCAGGACUGCCAACAGGGCGGCUGCCAAGACGGUGGAGAGGAAGGGUGCACAGGAUUCUAUCCCAUGGAGGGAUGAGCAGCUUCGCAAACUCCUCGUCCGACUCGACAGCCCUGACCCUGUUAGCCACAUAGACGCCGCAGCGCUUGCAAAAGUACUGCUCUCCGAGUUUCGCCCCGGCCUCGCCAUACAUAGAGAACUUGUCGCUAGACCAUUCCGGGCUGAUAGUGACCUGCGACCGAUUCGAAUAGAUCCAGGUGACGCCACUGCGGUGGCACAGGGAGCAGUUGCACUCGCCGAUCGUGCCUUUGAACUUCUCGACCGGCUCCAUCUUGAGCUUGACCCGGAUAUCGCCACAGUGGCAGCUGCCAUGGUAGGUUUUGCUUUCGCCCUCUAUCUCAGCUGUGGGCUCUGCGAGGUCGGAGUCGUCAGGUGGGAUGUAGUCAGGCUUGUGUGCCUUGCCCGGGUCUCUGUGUUUCGAGGGUCAACAAAUACAUAUGCUGCAUUUGCAAAUCUCGACCUCCUUGAUCUCGGGAAUGGUCACCUCGAAGAUGAAAGCAGCGCAACGGCAGUUGCCCCUAUCACCAACGGGCCUGUUUAUCCUCAGCUCGGCUCGGAUGUCGGUGUACCAAAAUCUGCACCGUGA